AUGUCUAAACAAAUUGUUUUUGACAUGAGGAAGAUUUUCGCAAGUAGUGUCUCUGCGGUACUUCCAGAUAAUCUAAUAAGAAGAUUCGUGAAAUAUAAUCCUUUAAGCCAACAGUUAACUAUAGGAGACGAACAUUUUUGCUUACGUAAUAAAAAUGUUCAUUUGGUCGGAAGUGGAAAAGCAGUGCAAAAUAUGGCCAUAGAAGUUGAGAGAAUCUUAAAUGGGAAAAUCAAACAUGGAAUCAUAAGUAUACCUGAUGGUACUCUCAGUUAUAAGUCAAAGAAUGAAAAUAUAUUUUACUGUGAAGGUGCUCUAAACAAUCUGCCUGAUGCUAAUGCUGUAGUCACAGCCAGGGCAAUCAGAGAUCAUAUCACGAGCCUUGGCUGUGAUGACUUGCUAUUAGUAUUGUUGUCUGGUGGAGGAUCUGCUCUUUUGCCAUUACCUAAACAUCCCAUUAAUCUAGAUGAGAAAAUUGACCUUAUAAAACAAUUAGCUAACAGUGGUGCAGAAAUAAAAGAACUGAACACUAUCAGGAAACGGAUAUCAGAUUUGAAGGGAGGUCAGUUGGCAAUCAAGGCCCAACCAGCUCCAGUCAUAUGUUUGCUAUUGUCUGAUAUUGUGGGAGACCCAAUAGACUUCUUAGCAAGUGGUCCUACUACAGAAAAUACAGACAAGCCCACUGAUGCUAUGGAUAUAAUUAAAAAAUACAAAUUAUUGGAUAAUCUUCCAGAAUCAAUCAAAACUGUUUUAAGUGCUAAUGGAGUUAAAGAUAAAUUUCCUAGUGACAAUGUUAAAAACUAUAUAAUUGGAUCUAACAAAAUUGCUAUAGCAGCAGCUUUGGAAGAGGCAAAGAAAUUAAAUUAUUUGUCAUUUCCUCUGUCUAAUGAAGUCACAGGAAAUGUGAAAGAAGUUGCCUCUGAAUAUGUCAAACUAACACAACAUUUAUGUGACUAUCUAUCUGAAAAAAUAGACUUAGAAAAUUUAAGACAACAUGUGAAAGCAUGUAAUAUUCCUGGAAUUCAUGAGAAAACUUUAAAAGAUUUUAAUGUAACACCUAAAGCUAAGAAUUUAUGUUUAAUACUCGGUGGAGAAAUUACUGUGAAUGUAAGAGGUUCUGGGAAAGGAGGCAGAAAUCAACAAUUGGCUUUAGAAUUUUCAGAGUGCAUCCAUAAUAAGAAAGAUAACUUUAAGAACUUUGAUGUUCACUUCCUAAGUGCUGGUACUGAUGGAAUCGAUGGCCCAACCGAUGCUGCUGGUGCUAUAGGACAUCUUAAUUUAAUUUCUGAUGCUAAAAAGAAGAAUAUUGACUACAUGAAGUACUUAUCAGAGAAUGACAGCUACAAUUUCUACCACAAUAAUUUUGAUGGUCAAUUUCAUGUGGUUACAGGCCACACAAACACUAAUGUAAUGGAUAUACAUAUUAUAGUUAUUACACGGGAAACAAGGAAUCAAUAAAUUACAUUUAUAUUGUUACAUAUAUUUUUAUAAUGUUUAUUUGUUAGGAAGAUGGUUUUAAAAAUAGACUGAGUUUACUUUUA